GGGAUAUCUCUAUCGUUUUCGAAGUUAGAACGUAUAUUACGCAUAUUUUAUUAACAUGACUGGAUAUAUUCACCAAAAUGUGCUGGCCUAUUAACUUGAAAUACGUGUUCACAAUUCUUGUUUUCGAUGCAUUUUUUGCGGAAGCCGCUUCCACAAGAUACUUGGUAACAGCAUCCGAGGGUAAUGUCCUCUCUAUUCCAAUAGACGAGAAAUCCAAUUCAAAAUUAAUUACUCAGAAUGUAACGUAUUUGCGAUGUCCAAACCUUAAUCCCUCCAGUAUCAGCGUGGGUCGCAAGCAUCUUUUCGCUGCAAACAUCAACUCAAACAGUAUUGAGAAAUAUUACUUUGAGCCUGAACGAGAAAGCGGAAAUGACAGUUGCACCCCAUUAAUUUUGAAUUCUGGGGUUCCUGGUCCAAAUGUGAAAAUAACCUUUGACUGGAUUUCAAACAACCUCUACUGGACCGAUCCUACAUUCAGAUGGAUUGCGAUGAUUUCCGUGCAACAUGAAGGAAAUUACACCAUACUCAUACGAGAUAAUAUCCACAUUCCGGCAGCCAUUGCUGUCGAUCCGGACAACAAAUAUAUGUUUUGGAGCGAUGAGGGGGAAUUUCCAAAAAUUGAACGUUCUAGCCUGAUCGGACAAGAUCGGCAUAUCAUAGUUUCAAAAGAUAUCUUCUACCCUCGAUCAAUUACUGUCGAUAUUGACAACAGGAAGAUAUACUGGAUGGAUUAUUAUGUUGGUCGUGUGUUCCAAUCUGAUUAUGAAGGAAAGUCAAGCGAAAUAAUCCAAAUAAACCAUUUAGCCAGUAUGAUGUUUGGUCAAAUACAGCAAUUUGCCGGCAAUUUACUUGUUGCUAUCACCAAACAGAAAGAAAGCUUGACAGUGUUGACUUUGGACACAAGUACUCACACAACCUUAUCUGAUAUUGAAGUCAAUACAGCUGGUACAUCUUCCAUAGCACUUUUGGACACCCAAAGAGAUCUCCAUCCCCAUGCAAUCAACCAUACAUGUGAGAACAUUGUCGUGAUCGAAAAGAAACGAAACAUUUGUCUUUGCGGAGAGGGUUUUGUACUGAACGCGGAUGGCCGAACAUGUGCGAGUCAAGCACAAUUUAGAGCAGACACUACUGUUCCACAUCCGGCAAUAUUCUGGUCCACGAACAAGAGCAUUUGUGCAGUUGACAUCAGAGCAAUGUAUGAUACAACUGGAAAUUAUCGGAAUAGACAAAUAUGUUUCGAUGUUUGGAACAUACAGUGGUUCGCUGUCGACUCGAGCGAAAUGAAGCUUAUAUAUACUGUUGGAGCUAACAUAAAUACAUUGACGAUGGAUGGGCAAAAUAUUCCACGCAAUUUAGUCAAAGAAUCAGAGAAAAUAACCGGCAUGGCUUUUGAUUGGAUAGACAAAAAUGUGUAUUGGUGCCAGGGUACACAGAAUGGGAAGAUAAGCUUUGUUUCACAGUCAACACUGAGCAGCUACACUGUUAUAACCGGUCUGGUACAUCCGAGGUUGCUCACACUUCUAGUGUCUAGAAGCUAUCUGACCAAGCUGCAUAAAAAUAACAAAUUGGACAUUUCGCAUAUUGCUGAAAAUCCAGAUCGGAUUAAAUAUGGUGUGAUUGGAAAAGUCAUUUCAAAUGACAGUCCGACGACCAAGUGCAGUAGUAACAAUGGGCGGGGAGAAUGCAGCACAUUCUGCCACCCAACACCAACUGGUUAUACUUGCGGGUGUCAGGAUGGUGAUCAGUUGAUGACAGACAACAAAAUCUGCAAACUUGGCCCUAGACCAACGGAUGGCACUAAUGCAACAUCGGAUGAAUACACAAUCACUGCAGCUACAUUCGCGUCAAAAGCGUCUCCUGCUUUCACAACAGAGGUCACAGACACUGGUUCAUCAUCGAAUUUGCUUUACAUCGGCGUCAGUAUGGGCGCCGUUAUUGUGAUUAUUGUGGCAGCUAUUAUUGUUGUCAAAAUUUGCAAGAGGAGUAGAGCUAACGUGCAGCUACAUUUUGGAGCGAGAUAUGUUCGGAGGAAGCCAAUCGAUGACCAUUCUAACGUUGUCAAUACAAGCCCACAAAACAUCGUGGACGCAAACAUACACCCGAACAUGUUAGAUCCCAUUCCUGAUCUGAAUCGCGAUAUGGAUAUCCCUUCUGUGCCCGUUAACCCUUACCUUGAGCUGGAAGACGGGGAUACGUAUGACUGCAUAUCUGAGGGCGGUCUUCAACUCAUUAGGGCACUUCCGCCGCCUCCAGACGACACAGGAGAACCACUCAAUACUAGUGUAGAUGGGGGAGAUGUAGAAGAAGAGAAUGGAGGUUACUGCAUCGGAAGAGUCCGACACUGCCAAGAAGAAGGCAAUGAUGGCAAACAAUGAACUCUUUUUAUACAUUAUAGAAUAGUUAUACUGUGUGUUUAUUUUCAAUUUUUUAUAUUAUAUUAAUUUAAAAAAAAAUCCAAUGACAAAAAUGAAUAUUUAAUCAUAAGCAAACACGCACGUAAUACGUGACAAAGCCUGUUUCGAACAGUUAAAGCACAACCGUUCAAUAAUCAUUUUGUCUACAACAGAAGCUCACCCUCAAAUAUUAUGUUGGGUUUAUUCCUCAAACUGAGAUACGGAGGCAUAUUAAUGCCAGCACCAUGUCCGUUGAGAACUUAUUCCAUGACAGUCAUGGGUGCGGUGUGUGAGUCUUGACAAGUUUUUUAAAUUAUUCAGUUUACAUCUCUAUGUCGAACAAUAUACCGUUUGUAAGUAGCAAGUCAACAGUGCAGCCUUAAUCGGAAAGUUUCGGAUGAUUUAAUACUGUUGC